AUGUCAAAUCCAGCAUUACUCAUUCUAGUUAGGGGUCAGAUAACGCCGCAUAUGAUAGAAUAUGUCAAAGACAGAACAGCCGCUAUUCUUCCGUGCGAUCCUCCUCCAAGCGAACACAUAGAAUUGCCAUCAUUAACAUCAUUUAUCCAACACUUAAUAUCACGAUCGAGCGUAUCUACCGGCACAUUCCUAUCAACACUUGUGUAUUUAGAGCGGUUAAAGAACAGAUUACCAAAGAAUGCUAGAGGAAUGUAUUGCACGCGCCACCGAAUCUUUCUCACCGCUCUAAUUGUCGCAUCAAAAUACUUGAAUGACUCAUCCCCAAGGAACAAACACUGGGCUCGAUGGUCAGGAGUCUUUUCUUUGGCUAAAAUUAACUUGAUGGAGCGUCAACUACUUUGUUUGCUUGAUUUCGAUCUGCGAAUCACUGAAGCAGAACUUGUACGACAUCUGAGUGUAUUCUAUUCUCGAGAUACCAAAACUAUCCGAUCAUGCACAUGGCCUCAGUAUUCAUUACUACAGUCUAGACUUAGACAAAAGAAGUCUCUGCAGCUGUUAUCAUCAUGUGGGACACUCAGUGUGCAAUCCCACUUACCAUCAACGGUAGUGAUGUCAUUGCCAUCAUGUCAACAAGCAUGCCAGAAGACCUUUCAUUCACAAUCAAUGAGAACGUUUGUUGAUUCACCAUCUGAUAUCCCAUACGGAGAUUACUGCCAAGGAAUAUCCGAUAUGGAUUCCAGGAUGGAAGAUAUAAAAUAUGAAUAUAAUGGAAUGGCAGAAAACGGCUCUCAGCAUCGGUAUCCUUAUAAAGAUGAACAUGGUAGACGAUUAUCUACUACUUCUACCUGCUCGACAGCGUCCUCAAGUUCGGUGGCCACUCCGAUUUCAAUACAAGUAUGUCAUCAGCAGCACAAGUACUUCUCGACUGCAUAUCCUGUAUAUGUUUCGACAGAUACAGCAACCCUUCCUACUCAGGCAUUCGUUGGUUAUAACGUAGCAAAGACGUGUAAUAAUAGCACCAGUCACAACAAUCAUGUGCUCUCGCCACCUGUUUCUUCCUCAGUGGGAGAGCUACAAAAUAAAAAGGCGCUUAAAUGUACUUUUGAUGCGAAACGCGACCUUUGGUCGGAAAUUGCUAAGCUUAAGGCUGAAAAAAACGAACUUGAGGAUGAGAAUGAAAAUCAAAGGUAUCUUAUAGAUGAACUUACAAAAAAAUUAGACCUAAGAAAAAUCGCAAAUUCCAGAUUAGAUAGCUAA